AAACCUUUUCGGGAGUAGAAAAGGGGAAGCCUGCCACUACCAGCAGCCUAGGCGCUCCUGCUGCUGCUUCUUGCCUGUCUCCCGCUUGUUCUCCCUAGUUCCGACCCGAAGGGGAAGAAGAAGGAGCAGAGCGCCAGGGCAUGAGCUUCGGCGAUCUCCUCGACGGCGGCGGGUCCGCGGCUGGCGUGCAGUUCCCGUACGGCGUCUUCGCGUCAUCGCCGGCCCUCUCCCUCGCCGUGGUGGACGCCGGGCGCCGCCGCGACGGCGGCAGCGCUGCGCGGGCGGGCUCGUCGGCCCGCCGAGGCGGCGGAGGAAACGGGAAGGACGCGUCGGAGGCGGAGAACGAGGGCCAGUCGAUGGUGAGCGGACACCUCGACGUCGUCUUGUCUGGCGGCGGCGAUGGCGAGGACGACGAGGACGGCGAGGACGCGAACCCGCGCAAGCGCAAGAGGCGGUACAACCGCCACACGCCGCAUCAGAUCGCACGGCUCGAAGCGAUGUUCAAGGAAUUCCCCCACCCGGACGAGAAGCAGCGCGCGGAGCUGAGCAAGCAGCUGGGCCUGGAGCCGCGGCAGGUCAAGUUCUGGUUCCAGAACCGGCGCACGAAUGCGAAGAACCAAAUGGAGCGGCAGGAGAACGCACGGCUGAAGCAGGAGAACGACAAGCUGCGUGUCGAGAACCUGUCCAUCCGGGAGGCCAUGAGGGACCUGGUGUGCAGCGGCUGUGGCGGCCCAGCGGUGCUCGGGGACCUGUCGCUCGAAGAGCGCCACCUGCGCCUCGAGAACGCGAGGCUCAGGGACGAGCUCGCUCGAGUCUGCACCCUCACUGCCAAGUUCAUUGGCAAGCCCAUGUCUCACAUGGAACUGCUCGCGGUCGCGGAGGAGCCGCAUCCUAUGCCAGGCUCGUCACUGGAACUUGCAGUUGCUGGUGGUGUUGGUUCCGGCGUCCCAUCGAGCAAAAUGCCCGUCUCGACGAUCUCUGAGUUGGCUGGCAGCACAUCCAGCGCAAUGGGAACAGUGAUCACGCCCAUGGUGACUGCAUCAUUGCCGAUGGUUAGCAUUGACAAGUCCAAGUUCGCCCAGCUUGCAGUGAGUGCGAUGAAUGAGCUUGUCAAGAUGGCGCAGACGAAUGAACCGCUGUGGAUUCCAAGCGCUUCCUCACCUGGCUCGCCAACCAUGGAGACUCUAAACUUCAAAGAGUACUUGAAGGCAUUCACGCCGUGUGUUGGAGUGAAACGUAAUGGGUUUGUGUCUGAGGCCUCUAGGGAGUCCGGCAUUGUCACCGUUGACAGUAGCGCUGCUCUUGUGGAGGCCUUCAUGGAUGAGAGACGAUGGUCAGACAUGUUCUCCUGCAUUGUUGCCAAGGCAGCCACCAUUGAGGAGAUCUCACCUGGUGUUGCAGGAAGCAGAAAUGGUGCAUUGCUGCUUAUGCAGGCAGAACUACAAGUGCUUUCACCUCUUGUCCCUAUAAGGGAGGUAACAUUUCUUAGGUUCUGCAAACAGCUUGCUGAGAGUGCAUGGGCUGUAGUGGAUGUUUCCAUUGAUGGACUGCAGAUGGAUCACUGCCUCGCUACAAACACGAAAUGCCGGAGGCUGCCUUCAGGUUGCGUGUUGCAAGAUACCCCCAAUGGAUGCAAGGUCACAUGGGUUGAGCAUGCUGAAUAUCCUGAGGCAUCCGUGCACCAGCUCUACCAGCCUCUUCUGUGCUCUGGUCUCGCCCUUGGUGCAGGGCGGUGGCUUGCAACACUGCAACGCCAGUGUGAGUGUUUGGCCAUCCUCAUGUCAUCGCUUGCAGUGCCAGAGCAUGACUCAGAAGCGGUUUCUCUGGAAGGAAAACGGAGCUUGUUGAAGUUGGCACGGAGGAUGAUGGAGAACUUCUGCGCAGGGAUGAGUGCGUCAUCUUCCUGUGAAUGGAGUAUACUGGAUGGCUUAACAGGUAGCAUGGGGAAAGAUGUACGUGUCAUGGUACAGAACAGUGUGGAUGAACCUGGGGUGCCACCAGGUGUGGUGCUUAGUGUUGCCACAGCAGUAUGGUUGCCUGUGACACCUGAGCGGCUCUUCAACUUUCUUCGCGAUGAGGAGCUCCGUGCUGAAUGGGACAUCCUCAGCAAUGGUGGCCCUAUGCAGCAGAUGUUACGCAUUACCAAGGGGCAACUGGAUGGCAACUCUGUAACUCUACUGAGAGCUGAUCAUACAAACUCCCACCUGAACAGCAUCUUGAUUCUACAAGAGACGUGCACUGACAGAUCUGGUGCAAUGGUCGUGUAUGCCCCCGUGGACUUCCCGGCAAUGCAGCUUGUGAUUGGUGGAGGGGACUCAACGAAUGUGGCACUCCUGCCAUCUGGUUUCGUCAUUCUGCCUGAUGGGUCUAGCUCUAGCGCUGGUGGGGUUGGGCACAAGACAUGCGGAUCGCUGCUCACGGUUGCAUUCCAGAUCCUUGUGAACAGCCAGCCCACAGCAAAGCUCACGGUGGAGUCAGUGGACACCGUGUACAACCUCAUCUCUUGUACCAUCGAGAAGAUCAGGGCGGCACUUCACUGUGACAUCUGAACUUGGGAACAGGAAACUUUAGGCAUGGAGGUAACAGCCGGUAAUGAGCCUGAGUCAAGAACGAACCGCGCGAAACAUUAGUGACCUUUGCUAGGUGGUACGGGUCGAUGGGGCUUGGCCCGUAGCACACAGCAAUGGUGGUGGUUCGGGUAUUGACUCAGCCUCGCCCUGCCGCUGUUCUCAACGGUUAUGGGUGAAGUUUUGCAUUUUGGACAUGCCUAGGCAAUGCCAUGGUUUUGGUGGUUUUAGGGAGUCUGGAGUCAUCUAUGUUUUUUGUUGGCUGGCUCAUGGGUUUUUUUGGUGUCAGGUCUCUUUUUGUAACGGUAGAUGUAGGAGCCCCAGUGAUGAUACAGUCAAUAUCUGACAAAUGCAGCAUUGUAUCGUGAGAUUCAGUCUCAGAUCACUAUGGAUCUAUCUUAAUAUGGAACAGUUGUAAGAGUA